CCGACAUCCGUAGCUGACAGCACCGAGUGAUAAAUUGAUGCAUCUUGUCUCUUACCCACGGGAGUAUAAAGGCCGGCAUAUGGCUCUCAAUUGAACUCGAAGUGAUACAUCUUUCUAUUUCAAUUCCCAUCGUUACAACUUGAUUCUGAUCACGGUGCACAUGAUACUACUCAACACAUACAAAUGGAGACGUUCAGAAUAGGCGAUCAUACAGUCCCCAGGCUUUUCAUGGGCUUAUGGCAACUAUCAAGCCCAGCAUGGGGUUCAGCCCCGCGAUCCAAGAUCAUGGCGGAAUUCCAGAAAUAUGUGGACGCGGGGUUCACGGCGUAUGAUAUGGCUGAUCACUAUGGUGAUGCGGAGAUUCUCUUUGGCCGUUUUAGGUACUCUUAUACAGGGCCGAAAACCAUAUUUUGCUCCACGAAGUACUGUGUUUUCCAGCCGACCCCGCAAACCGAAGCUGUAGUCCAUGAGGCUAUAUCACGCAGAUUGAAAAAUAUCAAAUCCGACAAAGUGGAUUUGUUGCAGUACCAUUGGCAGGACUAUGGGGAUCCACAGUAUAUCCCGGCCCUUCAAAUUAUGGAAGCUGAUUCUCGAGUCAGCAAUUUGGGGCUGUGUAAUUUUGACACCAAGAGGAUGAAAGAAGUCAUUGAUGCGGGGAUCAAAUUCGCGACAAACCAAGUCCAGUUCUCCCUGAUCGAUACCCGGCCUCGGUAUGAGAUGGAGGCAGUAUGCAUCCAACAUGAUAUCAAACUCUUGACAUAUGGCACCCUGUGUGGCGGCUUUCUGUCUGAAAAAUGGCUGGGUAAACCCGCUCCCGAAGCCUUCAGUGAAGGAAUGACCCCAAGUCUCAGAAAAUAUCUUGAAAUGAUCACGAUUUGGGGUGGGUGGUCCCUCUUCCAAACGCUCCUGACUACCCUCUCCACAAUCGCUGCCAAGCACUCCGUCUCCAUUUCUGCGGUGGCCGCCCGUUGGGUGCUUGAUUUCCCGUAUGUAGGCGCUGUUCUGGUGGGGGCUAGAAUGGGUGUGAGCGAACACAUUGAUGAAAACUUGGCAAUAUACGGGCUGUCAUUGGAUGAUGAGGACCGGGACAAAAUCGAGGAUAUCUUAAAAAUGAGCAAGAGGGACCAGGUCUUCGCCGAUAUGGGGGAUUGUGGCUCUGAGUACCGCUCAGCCUAGGUCCGGUAGAUCGCUCACACGGACGGGAUGAAGGGUCCUAGAAUAUUCUUUGUGUCAAUAAAAAAAGGACGAGUCCGCUAUUGGUGCACCCAGUUUUUGGUAUUCUUUUUCUUCGAAAUGAAAAUGUGAUAGAUGGGUUACACAUACUGU